AUGGAUACCAACGUGAGUUACCUCGGGGGCGUUCAAGCUGAGAAGUCACCCUGCACGGAUACACAUAACAGCACCAAAGAGCGCGAUGGAAGCUCAACACAAGGAGACAUUGAGAUGCAGCCAACAUACGGCGAUUAUUCUCGCUACACAGUGUGGACCAAAGUACGCUCCUGGUCCAACAAAGUUGGCGCAGAAGAAUUCGGCAUAGAACGUAUAUCAGAGGAAAUUCGAACAAAUCAACACCCACGCGACUAUUUCACCAUCUUCUUCGCUGCCAAUUGCAACACCGCGACAUUGGCCACCGGGUUUCUUGGUCCUGUGACCUUUGGACUUGGAUGGUGGGAUUCAUUUCUCGCAAUUGUAUUUUUCAAUGUGCUAGGCGGACUUUACCCAGCGGUGAUGGCAACCCUAGGGCCCAAACUCGGACUCCGUACCAUGAUAAUCCCGCGAUACAGCUUUGGAUGGUGGCCUGCAAAGAUUCUUGCUAUUCUUAAUGUCAUCAAUCAAGUCGGAUGGGGUGUGGUCAACUGUAUCUCGGGUGCGGCAGUAUUGAGUGAUGUAGGUAGCCACGGAAUUCCUAUGUUUGCCUCCAUUAUCAUCGUGGGAAUUAUAGCCAUUGUCCUUGGUCUUUUCGGAUAUAAAGUGCUACAUUUCUAUUCGAGAUAUUCGUGGAUGAUCAUGCUCGUCUGCUUUGCCAUCACAGCCGGAUUUGGUGCGCGUCACUUUAUGAACGUGCCGAUGGGCAGUGGAUCUCUCGAGGCCUCCAACAUUCUCUCUUUCAGCACAUCUAUAAUCGGAUUCCAAGCUGCAUGGGCACCGAUUGCAGCGGACUAUGGCGUCUAUAUGCGUGAAGAUACCAAGGCCACUGUAACUUUCUCUUGGGCUUAUGCCGGUCUGCUGUCAGGUCAGAUUCUGCUCGAACUGCUUGGAGCAGCUAUUGGCACACUGUACAUGAAUCCCAACCCACGUUUCCAGACGGCCUACGAUGAACAUGGUCUCGGCGGCCUCUUUGGCUCUGUAUAUGAAGGAAUAAACCCCGGGGUACGGGGCUUUGGAUAUUUUAUCGAAGUCCUCAUCGGCCUGUCCACAGCAGCUGUGAUAACAACGAACAUCUACUCAUUGGGGCUGAGCGUGCAAAUGAUAACAAAGAAACUUGUCAUCGUGCCCCGUCCUGUUUGGUCCUUCGUCGGAAGUAUCGCCUUUCUAGCCAUUGCGUUGGCUCUUCGGGACCAUUUCGAAGAUGUAUUGGAAAAUUUUCUUCUCGUGUGUGCAUACUGGUUGGUGCCAUUUUGCAUGGUUCUUAUUUUGGAGCAUUUCAUCUGGAGAAGGCACUAUGAGUACGACCUCAAUGCAUGGAAUGAUCAUACUCGCUUGCCGUACGGCAUCGCAGCAGGUGUAGCGUGGGUGUGUGGUACCGCCAUCGCAGUUGUAUCCAUGAGUCAGAGCUGGUGGAUUGGUCCCAUUGCUGCUGCGAUACCAGGAUCUAGCUACGGAACUGAUAUCAGUUGGAUAUUGGGUGCAGUAGUCUCGUCUGUUCUCUAUAUUCCGAUAAGGAUCUGGGAAAAGAAACGCUGGGAACUCUGA